AAAAGUUGUCAGAACACCAGAACGAGUUUCUGGUAGCCGUGUUUAAGGCUCCCUUCCGGAAUCGAACCCUGAUUCCCCGUUACCCGUCACACACCAUAAAUCAUUUGUUGUUCUUCAAUAUUUUUAAAGUUUCAGUUUUGUAGUGAACGUAAUUAACAGAUGAUUACUAAUUAGUCUUGUUUGAAAAAUGUUUUUGCUUCCUUGCAUCCUUGUCUCAGGUCUCUUCGUCUUUCUGCCAAUACAAGGUAGUUCAACUGAAGAUAAAACCAUGAUAUGUGAAGAAACAAAAUACAACUAUACUGAGGUUAUCAGGAUAUCUCUGCUGUUCUAUGAAGCGCAGAGGUCAGGUGAUCUAACCCCUGCUAAUCGGAUUCCAUGGAGAGCAGAUUCAUCUCUGUUGGAUAAAGGGGACGACGGUGAGGAUCUUGUUGGAGGUUAUCACGAUGCUGGAGAUUAUGUAAAGUUUGGAUUCCCCCUGGCCUCAGCAUUAACUGUUCUGAGUUGGGGAGGUUUGACCUUCAUGUCUGGAUAUCAGGAAGCGGGUCAGCUUGGAUACCUUGAAGAUGCUGUAAAAUGGGGCACUGAUUAUAUAAUUAAAGCACAUGUGGAGGACAACGUGUUUUAUUGCCAGGUUGGGAGUGGAGAGAUUGAUCAUGAUUAUCCAGGAUAUAUUUAAAGGUUGGGAGUGGAGAGAUUGAUCAUGAUUACCUAGGAUAUAUUUAAAGGUUGGGAGUGGGGAGAUUGAUCAUGAUUACCUAGGAUAUAUUUAAAGGUUGGGAGUGGGGAGAUUGAUCAUGAUUACCAAGGUUAUAUUUAAAGGUUGGGAGUGGAGAGAUUGAUCAUGAUUAUCCAGGGUAUAUGUAAAGGUUGGGAGUGGAGAGAUUGAUCAUGAUUACCUAGGAUAUAUUUAAAGGUUGGGAGUGGAGAGAUUGAUCAUGAUUAUCCAGGGUAUAUGUAAAGGUUGGGAGUGGGGAGAUUGAUCAUGAUUAUCCUGGAUAUAUUUAAAGGUUGGGAGUGGAGAGAUUGAUCAUGAUUACCUAGGAUAUAUUUAAAGGUUGGGAGUGGGGAGAUUGAUCAUGAUUAUCCUGGAUAUAUUUAAAGGUUGGGAGUGGGGAGAUUGAUCAUAUCAUGAUUACCUAGGAUAUAUUUAAAGGUUGGGAGUGGAGAGAUUGAUCAUGAUUACCUAGGAUAUAUUUAAAGGUUGGGAGUGGAGAGAUUGAUCAUGAUUACCUAGGAUACAUUUAAAGGUUGGGAGUGGAGAGAUUGAUCAAGAUUAUCCAGGAUAUAUUUAAAGGUUGGGAGUGGGAAGAUUGAUCAUGAUUAUCAGGAUACAUGUAAAUGUUGGGAGUGGAGAGAUUGAUCAUGAUUACCUA